GGCUCGACACUCACAACUCGCUCUCCCUCCACCAGGCCUUCCACAUGAGCCAGCCAAGCCUUACCUCCCCAGCAGGAUGAAGAAAGAAAAGAAAACAAAUGCUUUACUGUUUCUCCUCCUGCUUCAUUUCACCUUUGCAAGGCAAUUGGACUAUGCUCCGUACUUUUAUGAUAAUGGACCGAGCAGCACCAGUGGGAAUAUGGCCUUCUUCAGCAUCUCCGAGGACACGCCAGUUGGUGCACACAUAUACGUCCUGAACGGUACAGAUCCAGAGGGUGACUCAGUGCGAUACGGUCUGACUUUUGAGAUGGGCUCCACAGAAUAUUUCAGGGUGGAAUCCAAGUCCGGAAACGUGACUCUCAUUCAGGAGCUCGACAGGGAGAAACAAGAUGAAAUCGCAGUGCUCGUGAGCAUAACAGAUGGUCGAAAUAAAGUUGUUGAGACAGUGAGAGUGUUUGUCACUGACGCCAAUGAUGAAGCUCCUGAAUUUCAAAACCCGCCUUUCACCGUUGAUGUCCCUGAAGACACCACUCCAGGAAAUAGCAUCUACAGAGUUCAAGCAUUAGAUAAGGAUUUGGGCUCAGGAGGCAGCGUCUCGUAUCAUCUACAGACUUCCUCAUUUGCCAAGUUCAUCAUCGAUGGGCACAGUGGGAUCCUCAGAGUCAAACCAGGCGAGACUCUGGACUACGAGACCACGCCAACACAUUUUGUGACAGUGGUCGCAAAGGAUGGAGGAGGUAAAUACAAAGGGAAGCAUCAGGUGUUGACCUCCACUGCCACCAUUACAGUGAAUGUCAUCGAUGCUCAGGACAUGCCUCCCUCCUUUAUUGGAACCCCUUACUUUGGCUACGUCUAUGAAGUCUCAGUCCCUGGCUCUGAAAUAUUUACUGUGUACGCUAAAGAUGGAGAUCAAGGCAGUCCUCACCCCAUACACUAUUCCAUCAUGAAUGGCAGCGAUGGCGUCUUUGACAUCAACAGCACCAGCGGAUGCAUCACCCUGACAACUUAUCCAUCGCUGCUGAAGAACGAAUUAUAUGAAAUUCUAGUCAAGGCGUCUGAGGUCGGACCGAACGAGCAGUUGUUGGACUUUGACAUCACCACGAUGACUGUCCGGGUGGUGGAUCUCAACAACCACCCGCCAACCUUUUAUGGAGAAAACGGACCACAGAGCAAGUUCGAGGUGACCAUGUACGAGCAUCCACCAGCGGGAGAAAUCCUCCGCGGCUUUAAGAUCACCGUCAAUGACUCCGACCAGGGAGCUAAUGCUAAAUUUAAACUCAGACUUGUGGGACCGAGUCGAGUGCUGCGAGUGGUUCCCCAGACUGUUCUCAACGAAGCUCAGGUGACCAUCAUUGUGGAGGACACAUCUGGCAUCGACUAUGAAAAAGGAACAACUCUGGCUUUUAAGCUGCUGGCAGUGGAGAUCGACACUCCUGAGCACUUCAGUGCGACGGCGGACAUCCUGAUCAACCUGCUGGACACUAACGACAACACGCCCAAAUUCACGUCCGACUUUUACAUGGCCAGAGUCCCUGAGAACUCCCCCGGAGGUUCCAGCGUUGUCUCUGUGACGGCUCAUGAUCCAGAUUCAGGACCUUGGGGUGAAGUCAAAUACACAAUUUAUGGAUCAGGAUCAGAUUUGUUUGCCAUCAGCCCGUCGUCUGGCCUCAUCUCCACGCAGCCGUGGACCAGCCUGGACGCCGAGGUCCGAUCCAAGUACAACUUUUACGUCAAGGCCGAGGAUUCGGAGGGGAAGUACAGUCUGGCUGAAGUCUUCGUCACCGUCCUCGACAUGAACGACCACCCUCCGGAAUUUGACAGUGAACUCCUGGAGAAGACGAUGGUCAUUGGCGCGCCAGUCAGAGUGGAGGCAAUGGACGACGAUGCAGAGUCUCCGAACAACGUCAUCGAGUACUACAUCAUGACGGCCGAUCCUGACAACGCGUUUGACAUCAACACUGACACCGGCGAGAUCAACCUGAAGCCGUACAUCAAGUCCAUGGAGAUCGUGCAGAACAUCACCAAGCUGAAGGACUGCAAGUGGUCUCUGGUGGUCCAGGCGCGCGACCGAGGUUCUCCGUCCUUCAGCACGACCGCCGUGGUCAACAUCGACAUCACUGAGGCGACGCCUCUCAAGGGGCCCAUGGCGGCCUUUUUAAUGAAAAGUAGGGACAAUCCGAUGAAAGCUUUAGGCAUGGUCACGGUUAUCGUUAGCGUGUUGGUAGGGGUGACUGUCUUGAUCUCUACGGCUAUGUACAUGCGCAACUCAAAGUCUAACAGGAUCAUGCCCGUGCGUCGCGUCAUCAAGAGGCGACAGAGGGACCAGCAGCCCUGGACCUUCAAGAUGCCUCUCAUCAAGUUCUAUAACCCUUCGGACAAGUUCCUCAUCGGCGACCCAGAGAGUCCUCAGCGGGACGGCAGCAGCCCUCGGACAAAACCCCCACCCCCCAGCGCUCCUUGUCUUCCCCCUCCACCACCAUCAAACAUGCGGGCCAGUGAGAGGCCCCGCGCGGUCCCAACAAUAUCUGGUACACUGGCCUCCAAAGGAUCCAAGAAAGCGAAAUCAAAUCGGCGAAAAGAAGGAAACAUCAGCUCUGCUUUAGUGUCCGAGCUCAAAAUGAAGCUGGAGCAGAAAAUCAUUGAGAGCAACCAGGGUUAUUACUGUUAGACACAUCUGGUGUCAGGUUGCAGUCCAUGCUCUGACGACUCUGCCGCUCUUAACCUCAUCUGUCGUCCGAGAGUUAGUACCGGAAGCUCUGAGUGGACAUUACAUCACUCGUGAGUAAAUGCUAAAAAAAAACAAAAAACGGGAAGGUUUACAAAUAUUUAUGUCUUAAGGUGAGAUAUAAAACGAGGAGGGUCUACUGCAUCCUCAGCUGACCUGGCUCAGAUAAAGAGAGGAGAGAGCUCUGAGAGUCUGCCAUUGGUGCAGUCCUACAUCAUUCUCAACACUGCCAUCUUGAGGAGGGAUCACGUCAUCCUAAUAGUAAGAAGCACCACUGUAAAUUACCCAGGGAGAGGAUAACGGAGACUUGACUGUCUGCACAAGUUACAUUACUCUCUGGAAAGUUUUUCAUCACAGAAUAAGAGUUUCAUUCGAUAAAUCUUGAACUAAAAAUCUUGAAAUAUCGCAGUUGACAAACACACUGCUUGUUAUGAAGUGCUAAAGGACCCGUCCGUGUGUUACAUGAUAUUUUUACUGUGUUACUUCAGCCACUCGAGAGCUGAGGCGUUGCUCUUUUUGUAUGAUUACAAUUAUGUGCCACUGUCGCUUUUUCACAGUAACACAAGCGGAGAUUGCUUCUGUUCGUCUGACUGCGUGUUUGUAGAGUUUAAAUGCUUUUAUAUAUUUUACACGCAGCAGGUACAGCACUGUAUUAUUUUCAUCAUUGUGAAUAUACAUACAGUAUAAGAAAAGACACACACUCAUUUCCAAUGUAUCGAAUGAACAAAUUGGAUAUUAAUGAAGUAUAUAUAAGUGGUCAUAAAACCUUUUUAUUUUUCAAGCUCAGAUUGUAAAUAACUUGCUUGAACAUUAUCUUUUAGAGAGAUAUUUAAAUAGAUUCUGUGUUUAGGGUCCACACACAUUCUCCAAUGCCUUCAAAUGUAGGCACAUUGAUUAACUGUUAUAGAUAUCAUGUACAAUUUCAAUUACAAUGUCUUAGAUAAGUUGAGACAAAUGAUAUAUCUUAUGAACUCUAGUGAUAUCUUUGUAUCGUCUUUGUAUCGUCUUGAUUUUGAAUAAAUAUUUGAAAAGAA